AUGGCAUCGCUGGGGGUCCUGAGAGAAUACGCAAAGAAAUCUAUUCCUUCUCCGUCAUUACCGUCAUCGGUACUCUUUGCUCAUACCGACAAAACCCUCACAAUCUUCGAUGGGUAUCCAAAGGCCCAAUUUCACUUCUUGAUUAUGCCUAGGCUACUUCCAGAAAUGGAGACGGCAAGAUUCAAGAAUCUGCGGACUCUGCUGCGGUGGGAUCGCAACAAAGCCAAGGAGACCAUUGUACAGCUCCAAAAAGACUCUGAGAAAGUCAUUGAAGACAUUGAAGACGAGAUGGUUCGUCUUCACGGGUACAAAUGGAAGAUACACAUCGGGUUUCAUGCCGUCCCAAGCAUGGACCAUCUCCACAUGCACAUCAUCUCGUCCGACCUGUGCUCGCCUUCUCUCAAGAAUAAGAAACACUACAACUCGUUCCACCCGGACCUCGGCUUCUUUAUUCAUCUCAAUGAUGUGCUAAGUUGGCUCGAUGGGGACGAUGCCUAUUACGAAACAGCAAGUGGAUUUUUCAUCCCUGCGAUGAGCGCUGAACCAUAUGGUCACCGAAGAUGUCCAAACUACCGGAGUCUCAAUACGAACCAAUUCUCAAAUCGGAUCUUGCGUGCUGGCGAAUGGGAGAAGGAAAAGGCUCGAGCGCUCUCACCCACUAAACGGAAACGAGCAGCAUCGGGUGGACAGCACGAUGAAGACACACGCGGAGGCCGAGAGGAUGAUGCAAAACGAAAGAAAACGGUGGAUACGGACAACCAGCCCAAUACACCCUUGCAAUAA